AUGUUUUUCCUCGCCGCGUCUGCGGAGAUGCUGGAUGAAGUGGGGAAAAGAGAGUCCGGGAAGAAGUCACGCGAGUGUGCGUUUGGAAGCGGGGAAAGUGGCAGUCAAAGUGACGCCUGGAAUCUCGAUUCGGCCGUCACGGGGAUUGCGCAUUCGUGCACAAAGCUGCGGGCGCUUUUGCUGCACGACUGCGGGGCGCCCACCGAACUUUCGGAUCACGGCUUGGACGGGCUGACGUCAGCCCCCUGCGCCCGGACCCUGACUACGCUCGAUUUGUCGUUCUGCGAGGGUGUGUCAGACGCGGGUUUGCUAAAUGUCGCGCGGCGCUGCCCGGGGUUGACGGAGCUGACCCUUGCAUGCCUAAAAGUGACCUCAGCGCAUGACGUCAGCACCGCGGGGGGUCUGACGUCAGCAGGCAUUGCGCACGUGCUGGCGCAGUGCACGAAGCUGACUUCGUGCGCAGAACUGAACAAUCGCAGUCUCAAGGCAAUAGCAAGGGCCGGCGUCGCUCUCAAAGUUCUCAGAAUCAGCGGGUGUGAUCGCGUGACGGACAAGGGACUGCGGUCGCUCGGAAAGUUGAGAGGCGGGCAGUUGGAGGAGCUCGUGAUCCAGAGAGCUGGGUUGGGAAACCUGCGCAAAAAGGCAUUCCUAAAAGGCGCUCCCUGGCCAAAACUGCACACGCUCGCCAUCAGUGAGUGCGACUACGUGGGCAAUGGCACCAUGAAUUCGAUUGCGCUGCAUUGCUCCGCUCUGACAUCACUCGAGGCGGGCGCCGGCUUCUGCAUGAGCGGAGUCGCCUUAUCCGAUGUCCUCGACGGAUGCGAAAAGCUAGAGAAGCUGAUGCUGUUUCGCAAUGACUUCCUCAUCAGACUCGACUCCGGGUUGCCAUGCCCGACCUUGCGUCAGCUUGACAUCAGCGACUGCCCCCUGCGGGCCGAGGACUUCCGGACGCUAGCCGUGCGUUGUCCGAACCUCGAGAACGUUGACGUCAGCGGAAAUGAGCACCUGGACGGAGAAGGGCUGAUGGCGCUAGCGCAGGGCUGCAAACGGCUAGCACUGCUGGAUGUGCGAAUCCUCGGCUCUGCCAGGCUUGCUUACGAUGUGCUGGCCUCCCUUCGGUUUGGGGCGUUCGCAGGAUCAGCGGUGGCAGCGGAGGCGCAGGCAGAGACCCAGGCGGCUGCGAGAGCUGACCACAGAAGAUCAAUGAACAGGGUGUAUCAGCAAGAGAGCAGGAAGCGGAAAGCUGAAGAGCUCGAGAUUGGACAACCAGACGAGUCAGCGGAACCCCUGUGCGAGCGGCGCAAGCGUGCAAUCGUGCGCAAGAAUGCAUUGGCGGUGGCGCAGAGUCUGAGGGGCAGAACAAACGAAGACCAGGCAGAGAUCUUGAAUGGCACAUUUGGCCAUGCCGUGCUAGAGUCCGCAAGGGGGAUGGCAGGGAUGCCAUCAAAGAAGAAGAUGGCGGUCAGGACGCUGGUGUUUGAGCAGACUGCGCGCGCGCUGCAGAGCCUUACAAGUCGAGGCACGCAUAGCGCAGACGAGACAGCUGCCAGGCAUGCAAUCCUAGCUGCCAGCACUGGCAGCCCUGUGACGAGGCAAAGGCUGCAGCGGGCCUAUAGCAAGGUGCUGCGACAGCCACGUACUAAGGUUGCCACGGCCAUCAGUCGGCGUGGGCAGCUGGAUCGAGGGGGGGGCUUCUGGGCGCUGACGAAGAGAGCGCGCAGGAAGGAUGGAAUCAGUGAGGCAAUUAAGGAGCUCGUCAUAGCGUACUGGGCAAGAAAAACUCGGGUGUCCCCCAACCGGAAGGACGUGGUGCGGCACCGUACCGCUCCAAAUCGAUAUGAUACGCAUCCAGCGCAUCUGCUGGAGAUAUCCCAGGCGGAGCUGUACCAGAAGUUCCAGGAGGAUCACCCGGAGGUGAAGAUUGGUGAGAGGAGCUUUGAAGUCCUCAAACCCUGGUUCGUGCGGAAGCUCAAAGACCGCAACGUGUGCUGCUGCAAGUACGACGUUGAGAUGCGCUACCUGCUCGACGCGCUGCGGCGCGUGCGCAUGACCAGGCACGAACAAUGCAAGUGCGGGUGCAAUCUCUGCCGCCCUUCUCCAGCGGACAUGUCCUGCCAGAUCCACAAGAAGGACUACAACUCUGUAAGCGCCUUCUGCGAGGAGCUGAUGUGCCCCAAGCCGGAGGGCUCCGACAAGCACAAGCCGGAGUGCAUCUCCGGCAAAUGCGGCCUUUGCGGCUUCGAGCGCAAGUUUGCGACGUGCCCGGUGGAGCUGGACGCGUCAGCCCCACUUGUGAAGUACAAAAGUUUUCAGUACGUCGUUGUCCUUGACAAAAAUGGGCAGCCGAUCAAGGAUAGGGAUGGUAGAGACAAGAAGCGAAUCAAGGAGGUUAUGGUUGAGAGCUCUCCUAGUGAGCUCUUUUCCGCUUUAGGUGCCAAGGUCCCCCCUUUCCUCCAGCACACCUUCCGCGUCAAGUGGCAGGACAAGCAAUUUCGCGAGCUCCUAGACACUUUUCCUGUUGGCACAGUAGUCUCGGUCAUCGACUUCGCCGAGAAUUACUCAUUCGAACAGCAAGACGAGAUCCAAUCGAUGCACUGGCACAGCGAUCAGAUUACCAUCCUUGUACAUAUUACAUACAGGCACAAGCAAUUAGAAAUAGACGGCGUAGAAAGCACCGCAGAAAACCGUCAAAUCGCUCGCGAAACCGUUUUCUACAUCAGCGACGACAAGCAGCACGACACGCACUUUGUGCAGCACUGCCUUGUAAAGAAGCACGCAGCAGAAAUGAAGGAGAGGGGGAUCAAAGUCGAGGAGCACCGGGUCUUCUCCGACGGGGCUGCCUCGCAGUUCAAAUCUAGGAGGGCGUUCUACUUCGUGGCGCGGUACCCCGGGCUCACCGCUGUUAAGAUGGAGUGGUACUUCUUUGAAUCCGGUCAUGGGAAGGGCGAGCAUGACGGGGCCGGGGCUGUCGUCAAGUCCGCGUUGCGGAAGUGGCAGCUUGUUAGGGACGGGGAGUCCCAAAUGACGUCAGCGGCUGAAGCAGUGCGGCUGCUGACUGAGCGGCUCUCCAGCGCGGCGCCAACAAGCUUCGCUAGUCGGGCGGCCCUGCGAGAGGGGGUUAGUCGGAAGUUCGUUUUCAUUGGUGAGGACGAGGUCGACCGAUCAGUUCCCUACGAAUGCAAACAGAUUCCGGGCACUCGGUCUUUCCAUGCGGUGCGGGGAGCUGGAGGCCGGAACGCGACGACUCUCUUCCACCGCCAGCUUGCUUGCUUUUGCGGGCCUUGCUUCGAGGGAAAGUUCGAAGAUUGCGAAUCGACCGCUUAUGCCGGGGAUUGGGUGCAAGUCGAAUUGCAGCCGUCCCAACUCCCGCUUCCCGACGACCUCGACGACGACGACGACGACGCUCCCCGAUUUGGGGGGGACGAUCACAACGAGCUGCCAAACCUCCUUGAGCCCGGCGACUUCUUCGCAAUGGCGGCGGAGUCGGAAAACGAGCCCUACUUUCUAGGACAGUGCACGCGAGGUAGUCCACCGACUUCAUAG